AGAAUCUCAACGUUCACUAAUCAUCCACCGCGCCAUGCUGACAUCGAGUGAUCAGCCUACGUGCUUCAGUAGAUGGCGUCCGUAACUCUCAGAACCGGACGAACGAAAACUCCUUCUGGCUACAUUGCAUCAUUCGUAUUAGCCUACUCCUCACAAGCAUUUCGUGCUCGAAAAAGAAAACCAAAGGAUUGUUAAUCAUGCUCGGCCUCGGGGUUUACCAGCUGUUCUAUUCCAGGUCGGAGCAUACUUAAGGAAGAAGUGUGUCGUGUGCAUCAGAACUUUACAGCUCUCUAUCAAUUCCUUCAGCCUGGACAUCAUCAUAGCCACCCCAAAACGAAACAUGUCUUCAUCCAUUACCUAUCUGAUCACCGGAGCCAACCGCGGCAUUGGUCAAGGCUUCACAGAAAGCUUGCUUCAACGUCCUAACACGACUGUGAUUGCCGCAGUCCGGGAUGUCGCCAAGUCCACUCCAACACUAGACUCUCUGCCCAAGGCCUCAGGUUCUAAACUCAUCAUCGUCAAACUCGACUCAUCCGCCGAAGCAGACCCCAAGAAUGCUGUCGCUCAGCUCAAAUCUGAGCACGGCAUCACUUCUCUCGACAUCGUGAUUGCCAACGCCGGAAUCGCACACUCAGGAACCACCAUCGUCAAUACAUCCUCCGACGCACUCCACGACCACUUCGCCGUCAACACCAUCGGUCCGAUUCUUCUCUUCCAGGCUGUCAAGCCGCUUCUCCAAGCUAGCAAGUCCGGCAACCCCAUUUUCCUCGGCAUCUCCACGGUCAUCGGCAGCAUGGGUGCCCAGGCAGCUCUUGCUGGCUUUCCGGAGGUCUUCAGCCCGUAUGGAUCUAGCAAGGCUGCAUUGAACUGGGCUGUGACAAGGAUGCACUUCGAGGAGCCGUGGCUCACAUCAUACGUGACGCAUCCUGGUUUGGUGGUGACAGAUAUGGGGAAUACUAUGGGUUCGCCUGAGGCGCUGAAGGCUGCGGGUGCUAUUACUGUUGAGCAGAGUGUGAAGGGGGUUCUAAGCACUCUGGACAAGGCGGAGAGGACGAUCUCGGGGACGUUUCAGAAUUGGGAUGGGACCACGCUGCCAUGGUAAGGACUGAAUUGCACAUAGAGAAUAGA